CUACUACUACUACACGGUAUAUUCCGAACAUAUAUUAUACAAAUCUACCUCCUCCUUCUUCUUCUUUAUCUCCAAUUUCAACUCCAGCUUCAUUCCCAUUCGGCCUUGUACACACUUACGUAUACAUACAUAUACCCUAUACCCGGUACAGUAUUUAAAGUACUUACUCCAACCCACUAAAACCACUAAAACCACCGCACCGCCACGGGUCUGUUACCAGAUCCGUACAGGCCUGUCCCCUACGGCCCUAUUCUACGCUGCUACCGCCGGUAUGUAUGACCCGCACCUAUCGAACGGGGGGGUUAGAAGGAGAGAGAGGGGAUAUCCUUGCAAAACCAUUCAUCCCGCCCGAUUUAUCCACUGCCCAAUUUAUAAGAUCUCGGCCCAUGCAAAGCUAAACAAUUGAUGACCGAUCUCUAUCGCUUUUCGGCGUAGGAAGUUGACCCAGGACUGACUUGUGUGUCCACAUAGGGAGAUAGAGAAGAGAGACGACGGGACGAAGAGAUAAAGCCACAGACCCAGAUACCCAGGGAGACCCAGAGAGCGAAAGGGCGAGAGAAAUCAAUCGUUGCGCCGCCCUGUACAUAACGACGUCGUUUGUUCUCCACUACCGUUUGCUCUGAUCCGAACCCGCCUUCCAAUCCCAACAAUUCCCCAGUGGCAAACGCAAGCCAUUGCGACGACUGCAGACGCCUCGACAAGAAGACCUUGACUGCGCCAAUGCCUGGGCGAUGACUUUUCGAAAUUUAUCAUGAUCCAGACACAGCGCGACGGCAUCAGAGCGUCAUCAAGCUGGAAUAGUUCCGCACCGAGUGCCGCCCCACCAGGAAUCGACCUGCCGGCCACCCGACAAAUAUACACAUUCUCACCACAACGAGCUACACUUCGAAAGCCAUAACCGCGGGGUUUAUGUGCGCCCCAACAGGGCCACCGUCUCGACUCGAGAAUUCUCGACGGCCGACGCCCAAUGCUGGCAGCGCCGCAGCCAUGGAGAACGGGCAGCCACAGAUGAAUGGGAUGGGGACCGGGCCCUUUAUGGAUGUGACAUAUCCAUUUCACGACCUACCGGGCUUCGAUACCAACGGGCCAGUGGGGGCAAAGAUGGAAGAUGACGAAGAUAUGCAAGCGUCGCUACGAAGCGGCACAGACGAAAUAAUACAAGAGGCACGCGAUAACGAGGAUACCACUCCCAAGAUGGAGGAAUCGGCAGACCACAAUGGCAGUCAAGAUAUGUCAGGUGGCGAGAGCCCUGAGGGCAGCCGCGCGCGCGGUACCUCGGCGCCAGACACCUACGACGAGUUCGGGCUCAACGAUACGGGAGCCGGAGAUGGCACCGACCUGGGCAAGCCCAAAGAAGAUAAGAACGAGACGCCCGCGUGGACGGAGCUGAAGACCAAGGCAGGGAAAGAGCGCAAACGGCUACCGCUGGCGUGUAUAGCCUGUCGACGCAAGAAGAUCCGGUGCUCCGGCGAGAAGCCAGCAUGCAAGCACUGUCUCCGCAGCCGCAUCCCCUGCGUCUACAAAGUCACAACGCGCAAGGCGGCGCCGCGCACAGAUUACAUGGCCAUGCUGGACAAGCGGCUGAAGCGCAUGGAGGAGCGGAUCAUCCGGAUUAUACCCAAAGACGAGAACGAGUGCGCGUCAGUCGUGCGGGCACAGGUCAAGCCCGCCAUUCCUGGGACGGCGCAGGCGAAGCCGGCGAGUUCGAAGAAGAGGCCCGCGGAGGAGGCGUUUGGGUCCGAGUUGCAGGCUUGGGCUACGUCGGCAAAGGGGACGGGGACCGAGGUGCUGCCGGCGUCGCUGGCGGCGCAUGAGGCGGAGGAGACGAAGUUGUUGGUGGAGGGCGCGGAGGCGCUGCCGGAGAAGGAGGUACAGGAGCAUUUGGCGGAGGUGUUCUUUGAUAAUCUGUAUGGACAGGCGUAUCAUGUUCUUCAUAAACCGAGCUAUAUGCGCAAGCUCAAAGCCAACACUCUCCCUCCAGUCCUAAUCCUGGCCGUCUGCGCCGUCUCGGCCAGAUUCUCGACACAUCCAAAAGUCAAUUCUCACCCUGCAUUCCUGCGAGGCGAAUCCUGGGCGGCUGAAGCGCGCAACAUAGUCCUAAAGCGCUACGAGUGGCCUAAUAUCACAAUCCUGACGUGUCUCCUGCUCCUCGGGCUCCACGAGUUCGGGACUUGUUACGGAGGCCGCAGCUGGGCGCUGGGUGGGAUGGCGAUACGCAUGGCGUAUGCGCUGCAGCUGCACCGCGACCUAGAGUAUGACCCGUGCAAGCCGCAUUCGCGCGUGCGACUGAGCUUCAUUGAUCGAGAGAUCAGGCGCCGCACGAUGUGGGCGUGCUUCCUGAUGGAUCGGUUUAACUCGUCCGGCACGGACAGGCCAAUGUUUAUCAAGGAGGAGACCAUCAUGGUGCAGUUACCGAUCAAGGAGGAUUUGUUCCAACUGGACAUCGAAGGACCGACCGAGGAUAUGAAGGGCGAUGUACCCUUCCCAUCAGCCGGAGGCGACGGCGAACUCUCCAACGCCCGCGAAAACAUGGGCGUCGCCGCCUUCACCAUCCGCUCCAUCGCGCUCUGGGGCCGCAUAAUAAUCUACUACUUCCAAGGCGGCCGCGACCGCGACCCCGCCCCUAUCUGGGCCUCGGACUCCGAAUUCGCCGACCUCCGCAUCCAAUCCGAAGCCUUCGAGCGCUCUCUCCCCGACCCCCUCCAAUACACCCCCGCCAACCUCAGCGCGCACGAGACACAGGGCCUCGGCAAUCAAUUUCUCUUCCUCCACAUCACAAUCCAACAAACCAUCCUCCUCCUCGCACACAACGCUGUCCACUGCUCCGUCCCCGGUCCGCCCCGUCCCGCACCACCGGCGGAGUUCAUCGAAUCCACCGCCGCGGCCGCCACGGGCGCUGCGCAGCGCAUCUCCGCCCUCCUACGCGUCGCGGAGGCGUACCCGCUUACCGCUCCGUUCGCGGGGUACUGCGCGUUCCUCUCUAGUACCGCGCAGAUGCCUCUCGCGUUUUCGAAGGACGAAGCUGUUGCCAGUCUCGCGAAACGGAAUCUCGCUACUAAUGUGCGUUAUCUCACUAAGAUGAAGCGCGGGUGGGGCGUCUUUCACUGGACUUCGGAACAGCUUAAGAAGCACUUCAAGGCGUGUGCGUUUGCGGCUAAGCGCGGGGGGGUCGCGGGUGAGGCGAACGUCGUUACUCAGUAUGGCGAUUGGUUUGAUCGGUACCCGCACGGUGUGUCGCAGGGGGAUUUCGAGGAGGCGGCUAGGCCGAGUGGGGAGAGUGGGGAGGAUGCGGUGUUAGAGCCCAAGGGUGGUGGGUUGAGGACGGUGGAGGAGUUCGUGCAUAGUAUUCCGCCGACUGCUGCGACGCCGGUGCAGGAGGGGCCGAAACAAAGUAAACGGAAGAAGAAGCCUACGCCGCAGCAGCAGCAACAGCAGCAACAACAACCUCCACCCGCGACGUCACAGCCGCAACAACAACCUCAGCAGCAAAUCUCAUCACAUCCCCACCACCAAGGCCCACUACCUACGCACCGCCAACAACCACACCCCCUCCACAUCCCGCAACAACACGCCGCACUCGCCCAGCAACAACAACAACAAACGAUGUCCCCCCACGCCCUCUCCCACUCCCCCCACCUCCUUCCACACUCUCAACAUCACCAACCCCAACAUCCCCAGCAACAGCAACAACAACACCACCCCCAACAACCACAACCGCACCCCCAACAACAGCAAAACUACCCACACACCCCCUCCCCCGCCUUCAACCACAACCCAACCCCCUUCUACCCCUCCCCGUUCCCCCCCGACAUAAUGCCCAACCUCGACGCCCACCUCGUCUUCAGCGCCUACAACGCCCCCGCACAACGAGGCGGUCCAUCGCCCUCCCCCGGCGCCGGGAUGUGGUCGCCCGUCGGGAUGGAGGGGUUGGAUCCUGGGAUGACCACUCCUGGCCAACAGAGUCAGGGCGGUCAAGUCGGUGGCGGCGGUGGUGGUGGUCAGGGAAUGGGAGGGGGGAUGGGAGGACAGCAGGGCUGGAUGGCGCAUCAGCAGACCAGCGCGUGGUUUAUGCCUUUUAACAUGGCGCCCCCGGAUGUUGGGGGGGGAGGGGAGGAGGCGUUUCUGGGACUGGGAUUGGGGCUAGGGGGAAAUGGGAAUGGGAAUGGAGGAGGGACGGGGUUGGAGGGGGGAAGUGGGACAGGGUUUGAGGGGGGGAUGAUGGGGGAGAUGGGGAUGGGUGGGUUUGAUAAUGGGGGGGUGUAA